GUGAAGCAUGUUCCUCCGGUGGCCGCUGGUGGCUUUCCUCCUCAGCUUCAUCAUCUCUCCGGCAUGGAGCGUCCAGCACAUGUCGUGGGAAAACUGGAAGUCCACGCUGCGUAACAGGGGAGAUGAGUUCGAGGAGCCGACCUCCCAGCCGCAUAUCGUCUUCAUCCUGGUGGAUGAUCAGGGCUUUCGGGAUGUUGGGUACCAUGGCUCCGAGAUCAAAACCCCGAAUUUGGACCGACUGGCGGCGCAGGGAGUCAAGUUGGAGAAUUACUACGUUCAGCCGCUCUGCAGCCCGUCCCGGAGCCAGCUGAUGACUGGCAGGUAUCAGAUCCAUACAGGCCUCCAACAUUCUAUCAUUCGAGCCACCCAGCCCAACUGCCUUCCCUUGGAAAACAUCACCCUUCCCCAGAAGCUCAAAGAAGCAGGCUACUCCACCCACAUGGUGGGGAAGUGGCACCUGGGCUUUUACAAACGUGGCUGCCUUCCCACCCAGCGUGGUUUCGAUACUUUCUUUGGAUCCCUGCUCGGAAGCGGUGACUACUACAGUCACUACAAAUGUGAAGGCCCUGGUAUGUGUGGCUAUGAUCUGUAUGAAGGGGAAGAGGCUGCUUGGGAACAGGACCGUGGUUUGUACUCUACUGUGAUGUUCACUAGAAAGGCUGUCAGUAUCUUGGCCAGUCACAAUCCUCACAUACAACCCUUGUUUCUUUACUUAGCUUACCAGGCAGUUCAUUCUCCGCUGCAAGUUCCUGCUCGCUAUCUCGAGCGCUACAAGGGAAUUCCAAACCCACAUCGGCGUAAAUAUGCGGCCAUGGUUUCCUGCCUUGAUGAAGCCAUUCACAACCUCACUCUAGCCCUAAAGCAGUUUGGUUAUUAUGACAACACGGUUAUAGUGUACUCCACAGACAACGGGGGCCAGCCAUUAGCUGGUGGAAGUAACUGGCCCUUGAGGGGGAGUAAAGCCACCUAUUGGGAGGGUGGCAUCAGGGGAGUGGGUUUUGUUCACAGUCCCCUGUUGGUAAAAAAAGGGUCAAAAUGUCAAUCUUUGGUCCACAUAACUGACUGGUUUCCUACUCUGGUGACCCUGGGUGGGGGCACCUUAGAUGAAGAUCUAAAUCUGGAUGGAUAUGAUAUUUGGGAGGCCAUUAGUGAAGGUCGGCCUUCACCUCGCUUAGACAUUUUACAUAACAUCGACCCAAUUUACACCAAAGCCAAGAAUGGCUCUUGGAAGGCGGGAUAUGGUUUAUGGAACACAGCCAUCCAAGCUGCGCUCCGAGUUGGCCACUGGAAGCUACUGACCGGUGUGCCGGGCUACAGCGACUGGGUGCCUCCACAGACUUUCUCCAAUCAGCGGCUAACCACUCGCCAUCAUAAUGAACGUGUGCGUUGGGACAGAGGUAAAUCUGUCUGGCUGUUCAACAUCACAGCUGAUCCUUAUGAGCGAAUAGACUUGUCUCAGCGUUACCCACAUAUAGUGAAAAAGAUGCUGAUGCGGUUGGUGCAUUACAACAAGACCGCUGUGCCAGUACGCUACCCAGCCAAAGACCUACGCUCCAACCCUCAGUACAACGGAGGGGUGUGGGGACCCUGGUAUAAGGACGAGAAGCAGGAGCGAGAGGAUGAGGAGGAGGGAUACAAUAACUUGUUUAAACACCAUUUUGGUAAAAGAAGGUGGAAAAUUAAAUCAAAGAAUAAAAAGCUGAAACGCAAAGCAGAACAUUAGCUUAAAGCAUUUAUUAUAAAGCCUCAGACUGCCUUUACUCAGGGAUUCUAACUCCAGGCUGCCUAACUGGACUUCACAAUACACUGCAGUGAAAAAGUGUUACAAAUUUAUGCUUUCUAGUCUCACUUAAAUAUUUCAGAUCAUCAAACACAUUUUAAUAUCACACAAAGAUAACAUGAUUAAAUACAAAAAGCAGUUUUCAAAUGAUGAUUUCAUUUAUUAACCUCUUAAGGUUAAUAAAAGGGGCGUGACAUAGCUUUUAUUAACUGACCCUUUUUUACAGCAACUUAAACACUCACCUUUCUAACAAGGAAUAACUUGUCUUUCUAGCACCUUCUCUGGUGAUGUAAUUUGCUUGCACAUUACAGUCUGCUGGUUGCUGUCUGACGGCUGCUAGCUUGCAUGCUACUGCGUUAGCUUUCAGUUAUGUUUCCAACAUUACAUUUUGAUGAUACACAGGAUAAAUGUCAUAACCAAAGGUUAUGUCAUAUGCAGGACUCCAACAAUGGAAAUCAGCACAUUUAUUUGACCAGAUUCUCUUUCCUUUUUAUGAGGUGAAAAACACAUUAGUUAAGGUUUUGGCACCCUUUGCUUAACUGCCAUUUCCGUCUGGCACAUUGCCCUCUAAAGCUUUUGUGGAACAUAUAUGCUUCAACUUAUUCAGUCCAAAUUUGCAGCAGUUAUAUUGAAGAUGUGGAUGAAUGCAACCGGGGGAUCUCCUCGGAAUUCCAUAAUGUUUUGCAAUGUUCAUUUAGAAAAAACUUUUGGCGAGGCUCAAAAAUUUAAAUUUUUUUCUUUGUUUAAUCACAAAUAUGUCAAACAUAGUAACAGUUACAAUAGUGGUUCCACUGGAAAAACAUAAUUUUUUGUCUUACCUUUACACAGAUCAAACAUUUGCAUGUAGGCCUAAUAACUGUGAAACUAUACUUGAUAUAUUUAAAGUAAUUUCUGGCGGAAAUUCCUCUAAAACCUCUUAGGGCUUAACAGGUUAAAGGGAAAAAGCUAUCCAAAACAACAUGACUAUAUGUGAAAACAUAAUUACCUCCUAAACAUAAUAACUGGUUGUGAUGGCAACUACUGCCAUCAGUAACUGGUAAUAACUGGCCCAUGCUUUUUUUCUUUAUUAAAUGAAAUCAUCAUUUGAAAAAAAUUACCAAAUAAUAAAAGCAGAAGAAAUCUGAAAGGGAGUACCCUAAAUACUUUUUCACAGCACUACAGUGUAUUAAAUGUGCUGAUGGAGCUUUCAGAGUGCCUGACAAUGACUUGUUCAAAUACUGACGCCAUGCCCAGACAGUAAAGACCUCAGUUCAGUGUUUGGAGCAUUUAAUUGUGGCUUUUUUUUGUAGAAUCUAUUACAUGAAUGAACUGUUGUCACUUUAAUAAUUCAUGUUUCACUUACAGUAGAACAUCCAUUUUUUCUUUUGUCAGUUACCAUAAAUACAGUGGUAGUAAAGUAAGAGGUAGUUCUAUCAUGUUGUUCAUUGUGGUGCUACAGUAUUGUCCUAGCAGAUGUAGGAUUCAUGUGAUGUUUGUGAUCAAAUAUGUUGAUUUUUAUAAGUACACUCUGUUUGUGCUUUAGAACAAUAGACUUUGUUCCUUCUUUCAGAAGACUUGCGUUUGGUCGGGCACCAGGCCAACCUGAAUCUAACUCAAGGAGAGAAAUAAAGCCUUAGGCAUUGAA